AUGAGUUUCGACCUUCCUACUAUUGCUGAACUCAAGCGCGCCGCCGAGUGCGGACAACGCAUCACGCCCGAGGAUGUGUCGGUCAUCUCACAGGCCGAGAGUGAAUUAACAGGAAGCGGACCUGUUCGAGGUGGGCCAGCUGCCACCGCGCAGAGCCUGGCGAUGAGGCAGAUGAAUUUUGACACCAAGAUCGACGAGGUCUCGCGCAAGCCACAGAGCCACAUCACACAGGAAGAUGCACGGGAGAUACAAGCAACCGAGGGUCGUGCCUUCAACAAGCCCCCAGGCGUCGGAUCGGUCUCUGCACAGGUUCGGUCCAUUGCCAAUCGCAACGAAGCCUUGGGACUUCCGCCUGUUGCGGCCGAUGUGCCCGUUUAUGUCACCAAGGAUGAUGCGCGGGAGGCCCAACAGGCCGAGUCAUUGAUCUACGGCGGGCAGAAUCCUAGCCGCGGCAUGGCGGCGCAGAUGCAGAGUGUGGCGGAUAAAAUCGAGUAUGCUCGGCGAGGGAGUACACUAUCGAAUCAAUAG